AAGAUAUAAGAGCUCCAGAAACUUUGCCUGGGACCAUGCAAGACACUGAAGAAGGCAGAGAUCCUCAAAGCCUUAGUUGCCAACCAGAUUUGCAGAUCUAGGCAAAUCCAGGAAUUUCAAAGAAAAACUUGCAAGGACUCUGAGAUCCUUGCAGUAGAGGUGUCCUCAGCGAAGAGGAAGAUGGCUUCCAAAGUCAUGCAGCUGCUCCUACUGCUCAGCUUUGUGGCCAAUCCUGAAGUCCUGGGUGAUAUCAUCAUGAGACCCAGCUGUGCCAGUGGAUGGUUUUACUAUAGACCCAAUUGCUAUGGAUACUUCCGGAAGCUGAGGAACUGGUCGGAUGCUGAGCUCGAGUGUCAGUCUUAUGAAAACGGAGCCCACCUGGCAUCUAUCCUGAGUUUAAAGGAAGCCAGCGUCAUAGCAGAGUACAUAAGUGGCUAUCAAAGAAACCAGCCUGUAUGGAUUGGCCUGCAUGACCCGCAGAAGAGGCAGCAGUGGCAGUGGAUAGAUGGGGCCACGUACCUGUACAGACCCUGGUCCAGCAAGGCCACAGGUGGGAGCAAGAACUGUGCAGAGCUGAGCUCCAGUAACAACUUUUUAACUUGGAACAACAAUGGAUGCAACAAGCGCCAGCAUUUCCUGUGCAAGUACCGACCAUAGUGCAAGAAUCAAGACUGCCGCCCCCUGCACGGCUCCUUUCCUCUCCCUUCUCUGUCACACUGGCUAAGUUCGAUCAUUAUCUCAGAAAGUAAACCUAGCAACUAAGAGACCCUG